AUGGAAGUACACGUUAGGUUUGCAAUUUUGGGUCUCCUGAACAUGUUGUUGGUGACGUUCAUUUUUCUGUUGAUACAUCAGGAAAGAGGCCUAAACGGAGAAUCGCUAAGUAGUACCACGGAAAGAUGUACACAAUUGGGUCAGAGAAAACUAGCGGCAUGCUCUCCUCCAAGUCCAAUGAACAAUGAAUUGAAUGAAGACGAUGAGACUCCUGGGACGAGCAGCGCUAGUAAUAACCCCGGACAUGGGAAGGGAAAUUAUAUGAAUGAGCAUAAUAGUAUGAACAAUAAAAAAGGCAAUAAUGCAAAAAAUGCAAAUGCAAUAAAUUAUGUGUAUAACGAUAUAGAAGACACAUAUGAACUCCCUGAUUAUAACAUGAUAAAGGAAAAUGAAAGGAGACUAAAGGAGGACUAUGAUUUGAGUUCGUACGAAAAGAAUGAAAAUGAAUUUUUGCGACACAUAUCUGAGGGUGAAGUGAAUGAAAGGAUUAAGAAGUUAGGAGAGUAUGUAAAUGUGAAGGAGAUGUUUAUUAUAUGGAACUACAUCAAUGGGUUCGAAAGAGCAAAAUAUAUUAACAUGGAGAAAAAUAUGAUUCAACAUUGUGAGGACCUUUCUUCCACUUAUAAUGUUUCAAAAAAGACAAAGACUAAAUUGUGGACUACGAUUUACUACUACAUGAAGGAUGAGAUGUUUUACCAGGAAAGGAAAUUACACAAGGCGCUAUACAACUUCCUGGACCAGGGGCCAAGUCCGAAGGGGCUCUUUCUAGAGUUCAUUGAUCAGACGAUACGUUCCUGGAGAGACUUCCGCAGGGGCGUAAACAAAAUCUGCAUGGCUAUGUUAAACUCGACGGUGAAAGGGGAUUCAUCGGGUGGUGUGUCGUUGCAGCGUGAUGGAGUGGCGUGA